GGAGGUUUGGACAGAGAUAUUCUAAAUCAAUUUGAGACUACAAACAACUUUGUAAGGAUUCCUGCACGCAAGAAAUUAGAACUGAAGGUCUCAAGUUUUUCUGUGAUUGGUGAAGGGAUUGGAUGUAAGCAAUCCGACUCCAACAUGGAGAAGCUGGAAAGAAUUCAACCAAACAGGCAAGUGAUGGUCUUUAUUUUUAUGGUGUUCAUGCCUCAGGGUCGCACGGAGCCUCUUCGUUAUUUUAUACAGGAGGAAACAGAGAGCUGCUCCUUUGUAGCCCAUCUGACCAAGGACCUGGGCCUGGGAACUGGGGAACUGGCUGCCCGGUCUGCUCGAGUUGUGUCUGAUGAUGACAAACAGCAUUUGCUGUUGGAUCCUCAGACUGGGGAUUUGCUUCUCAGGGAGACAUUAGACCGGGAAGAGCUGUGUGGCCCUAUUGAACAGUGUGUACUGUAUUUCCAUGUCUUGCUGGAAAUGCCAGUGCAAAUUUUUCAGGGAGAAUUAUGGAUCCAGGACAUAAAUGACCACUCUCCAGCAUUCACUGAUGGGGAAGUGCUCUUGAAAAUACCAGAAAACAGCCAGCCAGGGACUCUAUUUCCAUUGAAAGUAGCCCAGGAUUUGGAUGUGGGUAGCAAUGGGCUUCAAAAAUACACCAUCAGUCCCAAUUCUCAUUUUCACAUCCUUACACGAAAUCACAGUGAGGGCAAGAAAUACCCAGACCUGGUACAAGACAAAGCCCUGGAUAGAGAGGAGCAGCCUGAAUUCAGCUUAAUCCUCAUGGCUCUGGAUGGUGGCUCUCCACCUAGGUCUGGCACAGUCACAGUUCGAAUCCUGAUCAUGGACGUCAAUGACAAUGCUCCCGAGUUUGUGCAUACCCCAUAUGAGGUGCAGGUCCUGGAGAACAGCCCCUUAGAUUCCCCAGUCCUCAGCGUCUUAGCUAGGGAUGCAGAUGCUGGAAACUUUGGGAGUGUUUCCUAUGGCUUGUUCCAACCAUCUGAUGAGAUUAAACAAACUUUCUCAAUAAAUGAAAUCACAGGGGAAAUCCGACUGAGGAAGAAAUUGGAUUUUGAAAAAAUUAAAUCUUAUCACGUGGAAAUUGAGGCUAUAGAUGGAGGAGGCCUUUCUGGAAAAGGCACUGUGUUUAUAGAGGUGGUGGACGUGAAUGACAAUGCCCCAGAACUUACCAUAUCGUCACUCGCUAGCUCCAUCCCAGAAAAUGCUCCUGAGACCGUGGUUUCUAUCUUCAGAGUUCGAGAUAGAGAUUCUGGAGACAAUGGAAAGAUGACUUGCUCUAUUCCAGAUAAUGUGCCCUUCAUUCUAAAACCAACUUUCAAGAACUUUUACACCCUGGUGACAGAGAGCCCGCUGGACAGAGAGAGCAGAGCAGAAUACAACAUCACCAUCACAGUCACCGACAUGGGGACACCCAGGCUAAAAACCGAGCACACCAUAACCAUCCUCGUCUCUGACGUCAACGACAACGCCCCUGCCUUCUGCCAAAUGUCAUACACGCUGUUGGUGCGAGAGAACAACAGUCCCGCCCUGCACAUAGGCAGUGUCAGCGCCACAGACAGAGACUCAGGCACCAAUGCCCAGAUCACCUACUCGCUGCUGCCAAACCAGGACCCACACCUGCCCCUCUCCUCCCUGGUCUCCAUCAACGCAGACAAUGGGCAGCUGUUCGCGCUGAGGGUGCUGGACUUCGAGGCCCUGCAGGCAUUCGAGUUCCGCGUGGGCGCCACAGACCAAGGCUCGCCGGCGCUCAGCAGCCAGGCGCUGGUGCGCGUGGUGGUGCUGGAUGAAAAUGACAACUCGCCCUUCCUGCUGUACCCAAUGCAGAACGCCUCUGCGCCCUGCACUGAGCUGGUGCCCAGGGCGGCAGAGCAGGGCUACCUGGUCACCAAAGUGGUGGCGGUGGAUGGAGACUCGGGCCAGAACGCCUGGCUGUCAUACCAGCUGCUCAAGGCCACGGAGCCCGGGCUGUUUGGCGUGUGGGCGCACAAUGGCGAGGUGCGCACCACUAGGAUGCUGAGCGAGCGCGAUGCGGCCAGGCACAGGCUGGUGGUGCUGGUCAAGGACAAUGGCGAGCCUCCGCUGUCUGCCAGUGUCACGCUGCACGUGCUGCUGGUGGAUGGCUUCUCCCAGCCCUACCUGCCGCUCCCAGAAGUGGCGCCCGACCGCGCGCAGGGGGACUCGCUCACUGUCUACUUGGUCAUCGCCUUGGCCUCUGUGUUGUCGCUCUUCCUCUUUUCUGUGUUGGUGUUCGUGGCGGUGAGGCUGUGCAGGAGGUGCAGGGCGGCGCCGCUGGGUGUCUUUUCUGUGCCUGAGGGCCACCUUCCUGGCCACCUGGUGGAUGUCAGUGGCACCGGGACACUGUCUCAGAGCUACCAGUAUGAGGUGUGUUUGGCUGGAGACUCUGGGUCUGGUGAGUUCAAAUUCCUGAAGCCAAUAUUCCCAAACCUCUUGGUUGAGCACGCUGGGAGAGAAGUUAAGGAAAAUUCCAACUGCAGAAAUAGUUUUGUAUUCAGCUAA